AUGUCAAUUGACUUGAAUGUAGCGCCAGCCCUCCGGGGUCUACCUGCUGGCCUUCCUCGCUUGAUGCCCGUGGACCGCACGCUAUUCCCUGAUGGUCUUCGCACGAGUGGCCAGCAUCCACCAAUCGAAGGCCAAUUGCGUCCUUUCGAGGAAUUCCCACGGGAGAUAACGGGGCCGACUGUCUGGACACCGCAGCAGAUGAUUGAUCAUCCAGAGGAAUGGGUUCACCAAUGGACUGAGCGAGAGCUCAAGGAGCUCCUGCAGGCCAUUGAGACAUUCAUCGCCUCAGGAACCCCACUCACCAGUAUCAACAAGGCUAAUUUCAGGCUAUCCACUCUUGAGAGCAUUUUACAGGGCAUUCGGAACGACAUUUUGAAUGGGCGUGGGUUCGUUGUUUUCCGUGGCUUACCCAUCAGCCAAUGGGGCCGAUACAAGGCGGCAGUGGCCACAAUGGGAUUGUCCGCGCACUUCGGGUACCUUUUAUCGCAAAAUAAGCUUGGCCUGAUCCUCGGCCAUGUGACGAACCAAGGCGCCGACUAUCACAAUAGUCUGGACAAGAUCAAAAUUUCAGCCACAAACGCACCUCAAUUCUAUCACACUGACGAAACGGAUAUCGUUGGCCUGUUAUUUUGUGCCCCCGGAGAAACGGGUGGUGCCUCGGGCUGUGCAUCUGCACAUACGGUUUGGAACGCAUUGCUUAAAGAAAGACCUGAUGUGGCCAAGACGUUGGCCUCACCGAUCUGGUAUGUAGACCGCAAAGGAGAGGUGACAGAUGGCCAAGAGCCCUGGUUCAGGAACCCCGUUUUCAUGGUGGAGCCGGGUGGUAAAGAGCGUGUCUAUGUCAAGUGGGACCCGUACUUUGUUAAGUCAUUGGCCCGCUUCAGCGACAGGGGGAUGAUCCCUUCCCUCUCCACAGAGCAACUGGAAGCCAUGAAAGUCCUGGAAGAGACCUGUCAGCGGAACGGACUUGUCUAUGAUUGCGAGAUUGGAGACAUCCAAUUCGUGUCUUGUUGCCAGACAUUCCACUCGCGCACCGGAUUUACGGAUCCCCCUCCUCCACAGCCGCAGAGAUAUUUACUACGCACAUGGAUGUCGACACCUGAACACGAGGGGGGAUGGUGCCUGCCUUUUCACGACAGCUGCCACCCUAAACGAGGCGGAAUACAGGUUGACAAUACACCACCGGCCGCCGACCCACUCACGACCGCAGGCGGUACCGAGUGA